GCACUGACCACUGCCAUGCCCUCUGCUUCCCCCGCGAGAGCCUGGGAUGCCGCGCUCCCCAACGCCACCGCAGCAGCAUGGACCAAUGGAAGUGUGCCAGAGACACCCCUGUUCCACCUGUUUGCCCUGCUGGAUGAAGAGUUGCACGAAGACUUCCCCAACCUGUGGCUGGCACUAAUGGUCACGCACAGCACCAUCUUCCUGGCCGGGCUUGUGCUCAAUGGACUAGCAUUGUAUGUCUUCUGCUGCCGCACGCGGGCCAAGACACCUUCGGUCAUCUAUACCAUCAACCUGGUGGUGACAGACCUGCUGGUGGGCCUGUCCCUGCCCACACGCUUCGCUGUCUUCUAUGGUGCCCGCGGCUGCCUACGCUGUGCUUUCCCUCAUGUCCUGGGCUACUUCCUCAACAUGCAUUGCUCCAUCCUCUUCCUCACCUGCAUCUGUGUGGACCGCUACCUGGCCAUUGUGCAACCUGAGGGUUCUCGUCGCUGGCGCCAGCCUGCCUGUGCCAAGGCUGUGUGCAUCUUCGUGUGGCUGGCGGCAGGCAUCGUGACCCUGUCGGUACUGGGUGUGAAGGCCGGUGGACGGUCGUGCUGCAGCGUCUUUGCUCUGACCGUUCUGGAGUUCCUGCUGCCUCUGUUCGUCAUCAGCGUGUUCACAGGCCGCAUCAUGUGUGCACUGUCACGGCCCGGCCUGCUACGCCAGGGCCGCCAACGCCGCAUGCGGGCCAUGCAGCUGCUGCUCACAGUGCUGGUCAUCUUCCUGGUCUGCUUCACACCCUUCCAUGCCCGCCAGGUGGCUGUGGCGAUAUGGCCCAACGUGCCGAACCACACAAGCCUCGUGGCUUACCACGUGGCCGUGACCCUCAGCAGCCUCAACAGCUGCAUGGACCCCAUUGUCUACUGCUUCAUCACCAGUGGCUUCCAGGCCACUGUCCGAGGCCUCUUCCACCAGCACGGAGAAGAAUUCAAGCCCAGCAGUAUGGAUGUGGUCAGCACUCACAAGAGCACCAAGGACUCAGGCCCCCAUCAAAUACUCAGUGCAGGCUCUCACACCCUCACCCAGCCUCUGACCAAUGGGCCUGAACCAUAGGUAGCAGUUGCUCUGCAAGGGCCAGAGGUCAAGCCUCUGACAGGUUACCAGCCAAACACAACCGGGGCCUGGCCAACAAGUUGACUUUCUAUUGAUCCAUUGGCUAU